GUCUCCGCGUUCCUUUGUCCGCCGGGCGCGCCGGUUGCUAGGCGGAGCGCGGCGGCGGUUGGGUUUCAAACGCUGGAGGCGGUAACGGGCGCGGGCCGCCGGCCCCGGGGCUGCGGGGGAGGCAGGCAGCCGCGAGCCGCCAUGGGGCUCCGCUCCGACCAGCUCCUCGUCGUCGUCUCCAUCCUGGAAGGACGGCAUUUUCCUAAACGUGCCAAGCAUACACUUGUCGUAGAAGCAAAAUUUGAUGGUGAACAGCUGUCUACUGAUCCUGUGGAUCACACAAACCAGCCAGAGUUUGCCACUGAAUUGGCUUGGGAACUCGAUAGGAAAGCACUUCAUCAGCACAGGCUGCAGCGAACACCUAUCAAGCUCCAGUGUUUUGCCUUGGAUCCUGUAUCUUCAAGAAAGGAUAGCAUAGGCUACAUUGUAUUAGAUUUAAGAGCUGCCCAAGAAAAGAAACAGGCACCAAAAUGGUACCCCUUGCUCAGUAACAAAUAUACUAAAUUUAAGUCUGAGAUGCAGAUUAGCUUGACAUUGGAAACUGAUACGAAAGCACCUGUGGAUGUUUUUAGAGCAAAGGAGGCACCUCCUAGAGAAGGGAAAGUACCUGCUCUUCUUUCUGAGCUAGACCCUAAAACUAUUGUACCAGUCCUAAAUGAAGAAGAGGGCUAUCAUCAGAUUGGACCAGCAGAAUAUUGCAGAGACUAUUUUGUUUUGUCUGUAACUAUUGCAUUUGCUACACAACUGGAACAGUUGAUUCCUACUACAAUGAAACUUCCAGAACGACAGCCUGAUUUUUUCUUCUACUAUUCACUACUGGGAAAUGAUGUCACAAAUGAACCUUUUACUGAUUUGAUCAAUCCAAAUUUUGAACCAGAGAGAGCAUCAGUUCGAAUACGCAGUAGCAUUGAAGUCCUUCGAGUUUACCUUUCUGUUCAGCAAAAAAUACAGAUCCAUCUUUGCUGUGGGGACCAGUCUCUUGGAAGCACUGAAAUACCACUAGCUGGUUUGUUGAAGAAAGACAUUGUAGAGUUUGAACAUCCUCUGGCAGUUGAAGAGGCAUUCAUCCUUGUUCCACCAAAUCGAGCCAAGCAAAAACUGCCACCGUUGCCUUCUGAUCUGGCUCCUACUGUUGGGGUAUCUGUAACCUUGCAAAAGGAAAACAUGCACUCACAGCCUUUGCUUCAGUUAGUCACUCAGACUGAGGCAGAACACUCGCAGAGAAGAGUUGGCUCCCCCACAAGGGAAAAAAGCAGCAGCCCAGAGCACAGAUCCCAGAAUGCACCAAAUGGCCAAUUCCCUCCCACAAAGGAUGAAGCAACAGAAAGUGAAGCGGAAAGUCUUCAGUCUGACAAGGGCACAAAACUAAAUAAAAAAGCUUUGACUUCUCCAACAUCUGUUUCUCAGUCCAACCCUCAGCCUGCAUCCAGUGCUUCUGAGUCUACUUCAACGCAAAAAAUUGUAGUGCCCGCAGCAUCGCAUCAUUUUUGCUUUUCAAUAGAUUUACAGAGUAUUCAUAAUCUAGAUGUUGGAUUUCCAGUCAACUGCAUGUUAAGGUACUCAUAUCCGUUUUUUGGUAGUGCAGCUCCGAUUAUGACAAAUCCUCCUGUAGAAGUGAGGAAAAACAUGGAAGUCUUUCUUCCUCAGUCUUAUUGUGCGUUUGACUUUGCAACUACACCUCAUCAGCUUCAAGAAACUUUCCUCAGGUUACCACUGUUGGUUGAAUUGUGGCACAAAGAUAAAAUAGCUAAGGACUUACUUCUAGGAGUGGCAGUGCUGCAGCUUUCAAAUGUUUUGGCCUUGGAAAAAACUCGGUUCUUAGGUACUAAUGGUGAGCAGUGUUGGCGUCAAACUUGCAGUGAAAGAAUUGGUGUUACAGCAGCCCAAGGGGCAAGCAACAGGAUAGCAGAACUUUCUUACACUGUGACUCUGGAGGACUAUGGACUUGUGAAAAUGCAUGAAGUUCUGGUGUCAGAUUCUUCUCAAUGUUUAGGUAAGCAGCAGCCGAUCCAUCUACCUCAGCCUCCUCAUGUCCCAGAAGCCCAGACAGAGCCACGAGAAACUCUUGAAUACAAAGCAGCACUUGAAUUAGAAAUGUGGAAGGAAAUGCAGGAGGACAUCUUUGAGAACCAGCUAAAAAAGAAGGAGCUGGCUCACAUGCAAGCACUUGCAGAUGAGUGGAAAAAAAGGGAUAGAGAGAGAGAAGCAUUAGUUAAGAAAAAGGUUGCAGAAUAUACAGUUCUGGAAGAACAACUUCAAAAAACUUUGAGAGACUUAGAAAAGCGUGAACGACAGCUUGUUAGUGCAGAAGCAGAGCUUCAAAGAAUAAAGAAAGAAUUGCAAGCAGAGCAUGAACGAAACGUUCAAGAACUUCAGGAUUCAGUGCGGCGAGCCAAAGAAGAAUGCACUCAUCAAGUAGAACUAGAGAGGUCAAAGAUCAAACAGCUGGAAGAGGACAAGAUCCGCUUACAACAGCUGCUUUAUGAAGCAGAAAAUAAGUAUAAGAUAUUGGAGAAGGAGUUCCAGCAGUACAAGGAGCAGCAAAGUAGCAAACCAGAGAUCCGGCUACAGUCAGAAAUAAAUCUUCUUACUUUAGAAAAGGUUGAACUUGAAAGAAAAUUGGAAUCGGCUACCAAGUCAAAGCUUCACUACAAGCAACAGUGGGCAAGGGCUUUGAAAGAACUUGCAAGACUAAAACAGCGUGAGCAGGAGAAUGCUAUGGCCCGUCUCAAAAAGCAGCAGCAAGAGCUGGAGCACAUGAGACUUCGCUACUUGGCAGCAGAGGAGAAAGAACUGGGGAAAACAGAACGACAAGAGUUGGAGGAUAUCAGGAAUGAACUUAACAGGCUAAAGCAACAAGAAGACAAAAAACAAUUGCAGGAUUCUGGGGAUGCUUCAUUUGGGAGAAUGGGUGGUCUUCAAGCUAGACAGUUAAAUGAGAGUAUGGACGAUUAUCUCACUCGCCUGAUAGAAGAGAGAGAUACCUUGUUGAGAACAGGCGUGUAUAAUCAUGAAGACCAUAUAGUAAGUGAACUGGAUCGUCAAAUCGGAGAGGCUCUUGCAAAAAGAAGCAGCAGUAAAUAGUGUCUUAGGAACAUGCUUUAAGUAAGUUUUACCAUAAUAAAACAAUCAAUUCUGCAGACUAAAUCAAUGAUUCUGCAAAGACUUAAGCAAAUGCUUAAUUUUCAUACUUCUAGUAAUUUUUAUUGAAGUUAGUGUAAAUACUUGCAGCAGGGUUGUGUUUUUCCUUUUGUAUUAAUAUUUUUGUACUGAGGUAAUUUAUAUAUAGAUAAAUAUAUAUUUUUUUGUAUUUUCUGUUUAAACAUUUUCUACCUCUCUUCCUAUCACCCUAGCUGGAUUUAUCAGUAAUACCAUUUUAAAAUAUCCAGUCUAGACUUUUGUUUGGUAUUUUUCAUAAUUUAUUGUUUAAUGGAUUUAUUUUGAAAUAGCUUUUCAAUAAAAUUGUGCUAAGAAAAAGUGACUGCAAUAAUUUACAGUGACAUAACUUUUUUAAAUGAUGAGCUAAAAAUAUGCUGUGCUUUGAUAAAUGUCAUAUCCUCUUACAUUUGCAAAUGCUUUCAGUUUUAGUUUCUGGGGCCACAACUAAAUUACUUGCCUGAAUAUUUUAUUUUAGCAUGAAGGCUUUUGAAAAACUUGCACUUGCAAAUGAUAAAGUUUGAAAUGAAAACAAAAAUGCUAAAAUUUAGCAAGCAGAAACUCCAUGAAAUAUUUAGGUAACUGAUCAUUCUUGGACUGCAAAAGGAUUUCUACUCUAAGAGUUUUACAUGGAGGGAUUGCAAAGAUGAAUUGCUGAUAAAAAGAUUAAGGAUUUUAAUGAGGGUAAUACGCAUGUGCUUAUGUUGAGAAAGUGUGGGAAAUAUUGAUUAAGUGAUUGUAACCACAUGUUUAAAUAUCAAUUCAUGUUUAAUGCAAAUAAUCAGGGCUUUUUCUACAUAGGAAUAUUUCCUAAAUGAUGACUUAAUCAGCUGCAAUGACUAUAAAGCUUUAUUUUCUCCUUCAAGCUGCGUAUUUUUCAGCCUUCUAUAUCUUUUUUUGAAAUUGAGAUACAAAAGUACUAAAAAUACAAAAUGUUAUAUGUUGGUUAAUUGACUAAGGGGGGGCAGAGUGUGGAGCGCACACAGUUAUGUGGGUUUUUGUGAUGUGCACAGUUGAAAUAGUUACAAUUCCAAGUCCUAGACUCCUACAGCAGAGUGAAAUUUUGCAGUGUGGAUGGUUUGUGGUUUUUAUGUACAUUUCACUAGCACAUGUUUGUUGCCUAGAUAGAUUUUACAUAUGUCUGUAUCAAAAAUGGAAAACUUUAACAUGUUUUAUUUCAUACAUGAAUGAAGUUAGUUAAUUCUG